GGCAGGGUGGGGGCGGGAGGAGCGGGCUGGGGGACGAGUGCGAGCUCCUUCUGCGCCAAGGUGCAGCCCGGCGGCGGCGGCGGCAGGAGGAUGCGAGCCGAGGGCGGCCGAGCCGCGGAUCAGCUACCUGUGUGGCCCGGGCGGCCGCUGCCGGGACCUGCCGGAGACAUCGCCAUGUGAAGGGGCAGACCCCAGGCCGGCUCUCCACCCCGCCUCGCUCAAUGGGAGAUUUGUUUGGCUUUGCACAGGCAAUGCUCCCAAAGACUGUAUGAUAAUUCUUGGUGGCCAGAAGCGGAGGCGCAUUGUGGCCAUUACAGAAAAGGAACAAGAACAGGAGGGCAAGAGCUUCCUACUGCCUCUCUGGCAGAGGUACCGAGUGUGUGGCCUGUCUGCAUCCCAGCAAAGUACUGGUUUUCGAAAAGUAGGUGAGACUGAGAGCCACCUCGGAGCACUUGGAGAGGAGGAAGAGGACUGGUGCCAGCAUGGAUAAGGACAGCACAAACCUGGCUGACCAGCAGUAUGAAUGUGUGGCUGAGAUUGGGGAAGGAGCCUACGGGAAGGUGUUCAAAGCCCGAGACUUGAAGAACGGAGGUCGCUUUGUUGCGCUGAAGCGGGUACGGGUGCAGACCAGCGAGGAGGGGAUGCCGCUGUCCACUAUCCGAGAGGUGGCAGUUCUGAGGCACCUGGAGACGUUCGAACACCCCAACGUGGUCAGAUUGUUUGAUGUGUGCACCGUGUCACGAACAGACAGAGAGACCAAGUUAACAUUAGUGUUUGAACAUGUGGAUCAAGACUUGACUACUUACUUGGAUAAAGUUCCAGAGCCUGGAGUGCCUACUGAAACUAUAAAGGAUAUGAUGCUUCAGCUGUUUCGGGGACUGGAUUUUCUGCAUUCGCAUCGUGUGGUGCAUCGGGAUCUGAAACCCCAAAAUAUCCUUGUAACCAGCAACGGGCAGAUAAAGCUAGCUGACUUUGGCCUUGCACGAAUCUACAGUUUUCAGAUGGCUCUUACCUCAGUGGUUGUUACUUUGUGGUAUAGAGCUCCUGAAGUCUUGCUUCAGUCCAGUUAUGCAACAGCAGUUGAUCUUUGGAGUGUUGGCUGCAUAUUUGCAGAAAUGUUCCGUCGAAAACCACUCUUCCGUGGAAAUUCAGAUGUUGAUCAACUAGGAAAAAUCUUUGAUGUAAUUGGACUCCCAGAAGAAGAGGACUGGCCUAAUGAUGUUGCCCUUCCAAGAAAUGCUUUUACUUCCAGACCCGCACAACCUAUUGAAAAAUUUGUACCAGAUAUCGAUGAAGUAGGCAAAGACUUGCUUCUUAAAUGCUUAGCGUUCAACCCAGCCAAAAGAAUAUCUGCAUAUGUUGCCCUUUCUCACCCAUAUUUCCAUGAUCUGGAGAAAUUCAAGGAGAAUCUGGACUGUCACGUGUCAUCCAGCCAAAACUCCAGUGAGGUGAAUGCAUCCUAAGUGCUGACUGAAGAUGAACCAUAAAUGAACAAGACAUGUAGCUGACAAGGCCACUGUCCCAAACAAACCACAUAGCUAGCGAGAUCAUUAUUUGGAGGUUUUAUGCACUUAUCUUUUAUUUUGGGAUUGUGAUGUGCUUAUCCAUGGAAAUCAAUCUAGUUUACUUUUAUCAGAGCAAUGCAAGGGCCAGGGCUUUGACCUGCUCCUGUUGCAGCUUUAUGUUUGUUUUGGUUUUGUUUUGUUUAUCUACCUGGGAAAACUCCAGACGAAGAGAAGCUGCUGACCAGUUUUGCUGCCAUUUUAUCUUUCUAAUAUUGAAUGCUGCCAGUGUUUCAUGAUCGAGUCACUGCCAUCGAUGCAAUCUCUCUCUCUCUCUCUAGCUGCUGAAGUAUGAUUUGGUACUUUUUUAUUGUUAUUCUGUGAUAUUCAAAGAAUGGCAUUGAAAUACCAGAUCUCUGCAACCUGCAGUUAACUGAUACGUGCGUUAAUACAUCCAGCUACUGUUCAUUCACAGCAGAUAUGCAGGUGCUUCCCCACUUGAAAACCUGCAUAAAUUAAUUUAUCAUUUUGUUGCUCUAUAAAAAUAACAGUGAUGAUGAUGAUCAUAAUAAAUGUCUCAGCUUUUAGGUUUUUUCAUACACAAACGAGUUAUUAUCUAGCUAUGUUUGUGUGCAUGUUUCAAAAAACUGUCCUGUUCUUACUGUUUCAAUUUCAAAAUGGUCUUUCUGUGUUGAAAUGCAGACAUGUUCUAGUCCAUCAUCUAACCCAUCAUUCCCCCCUGGAAACAGCUGCAAGCAUAUUUUCUUCAUCUCAUUCCAAAUAAUUUUCUGAUGUCCAGCUUAAAGACAUGAGCAGAGCCAAUGAAAAUCAAUACAGAUUUUCACCUUCAACCUGUUCUCAUUGUCAGCCAAAAAUAAAAACAGAAGAAAUAUUUCUGGUUCAGAAGCAGAGAAUCCUAUACCUGUAAUAAGCACAGAGAAGUAUUUGUGCUGCAUUGUACUCUGUAUACUGUGCUGCCUUACCUGCAACACCCCCUAAUGCAUCACAAGUGCAUGAACAUUAAUGCUCAAAUCCCUCACAUGUCACUUCCUAAGCAGGUUUGUUUCCUAUGCAGAAAUGCAUGACCUUCUCUCCUAAACCACCAUGUGGGGAUACUAGCACAUGCCUCUCCACUAAGGUUAAUGUGCCAUUAUUGAAUGUCAAAAUAACUAAGCAAUUCACUUGUCUUUAUAGCACAGUUAUUUUAAAUAUUACCUGAAAUUUUUAUAUUUAGUAUUUUUACCUUAACUAAAAUAUAUUUUCAGUAUUUCGAAAAGAAACUUUUAUUUUUUUAAUACUGUACUGGGGAAAAAGAAGUAUUUUAAAUCCAUAAAAGCUGUUCCCUAGCUGUUCAGUGCAUUUACUUGGCAUGACUUGGGGGAAAAUAUUGGUCCAAUGAGUAUAACUGAUGCUAAGUGAGGCAGCCAGCUUUGCUUUCUCCUGGGACAGUCCCUUAGGCUUCUCUCUUCCUCAUCUCUAUUUCAUCUUGUCUAGGUGGUGAGCCAGCAUUAUAUCCCUGUGCAUGGCAAGCUUGGCAGAAGCAGGUCCUUAGCAGUGAGUUGGGCAGUGUAACUUUUCCAGCUGUGACAGGGGAACUUGCAGCCAUCUCACAGGCAGGUCUCUCGCUCCGGUGGCCACCCUCACUGUAAACUCCAUUUCAGGUAUCUGCACUGUCUGGGUCAUGGUCCACUGCUAGGAUAGUGAGUCUGUCUCCUGGAUGAAGCUUUUUGUUACUGCUAGACAUUUAAAUGUGUGAUAUAUGGUUAAAUUAGGCCUAUUUCAAACAAGCCAGAGUUUAAAAGGACCACUUGCAUGCUUGCAUGCAGUGACCUGUGCUUUUUUUAAGCCCAAAAUGAGCCUAUGCAAAACUUAAAGUAGCAUGAACAGGCAAGUUGCAAAUUAGGCCUGGCAAGAGCAUGCACAAAGCAUCUGCACACAGAGAUACCACAGAUCUCUAACGUCAGAAUUUCAGAAGCUCUGUGAGCAGGAAGCUGAAGGCCAGGGAGCUGUCAUAGCAGCAAACCUAAUCUUGGUCUUGCCUUUGUCAUUCUCUUUGUUCCUGCACCCACAGGGAACUGCAGACCUACUGCACUGGUGUUGUCCCGGUCCUAUUCCUGUAUGGGUUAGUGGAACCAAGUGUGAAUAAUUUUUAAAAUUCACAGAGUAGGAUGGGCCAGAGUGAAUUUUUUGUCGCGAUUUUUAAACACUAAGUAGAACAACAAACAGAGACAAAAGUCGGGAGACUCUGCAACAGUAGUAAUUAGAAAAGCUUUUUUACAGAGUUUAGCACUUUUGAAAACAUUCCACAUUUCACCUAGCACGGAGCUAUCUGUCAUACAUACCUUAUCAGGGCAUUCAGCUGGUGUGGCUUCCCAGCAACUGCUCAGGGAACUCUCCCAGAGCUCUCCACCAACUAAUACAGGGUGAAAAUGUAGAGGAGGAGAUGAUAUUUUCCAAAUUAGGCUUAAAACUCUCAGAUAGAAAUGUGCAUCUGUUCCACAUAAGAAUCUGUUCUAUUAAUCUUAGCAAAGCUAAAGAAUAGACAAUAUGGUUGCUGAAUGUAGAUACAUUAUUAGGGUAAAAACAGAAAGGAGGGGAGUGAAUACUUAAAGCCAAAGGUUAGCGUUGGCCCAAAAACUAAUGAGAAUGUGGAAAUCACCAGGAAUUUAACUACUGGAGCAGUAUUUCCCAGUCGUAGUAUCAAAGAGCUAAGGAAGCAGCAAAGAAGAAAACAGGGGCUGUCUUAUGGAGUCAGAGGCAGAACUUCUGCAACAUGGUGCUGAUGUUGUCUAAUAUAGUAGGAUCAGGUUAUAAAUGAGAGCAUUCAGGAGAACAGUUUCAAAGGGCUGCAUUAAUGGUCACAUUCUGGAUCAUCUUUCCAGUGGGAAUGGCAGGAACAAAACCAAGAAAUCUAAGAAUCUUGGCAGGGUUAGGGAAAAUAUUUCUCUAAUGGGGUCCUUGUUGUAGCAAGGGCCUGGAUUCAAAGGACCAACAAUUUUUCAAAUUACCUCCUUUUCCAGAUAUCUUCAGGAAGAAAUUCCAUUUGACAUGCCAUAGGCUUAAUCAUAUUCCAGUCUUCCCUGCCAAACCAUGUGGGGUUUCACUUACACGAGUAAACUGAGAAAGCCUGUUCUCUGGCUGGGCAGAGCACUGUUGUUGGCUAAUACCAUGCCAGGAAUCAUAUUUAUAAUUAGACAGCACAGACAGCUGUGGGACUGUGCUCAAACCCAUGCCCUUGCUCUUCUUAUGUUACUGGUAUAGCUGUAGUAUUUUAGUACCUUUACUCAUUACUGCCAUAUGGGUAGGAUGUAGGACUUGUGUAAGUGAAAAAGAAAGUGCUGUGAUGAAAACUCUUUGUACACCUUUAAAGGAGACUUCAGAGUGCAAUUCUUCUUAGUGAUAUCUAAACCUGUAUGUGUUCUCUUCUACAGGAGUGGCUCAACAGCAGCUAAAAAAUGCUGAAUAACAAAAGAUGUAUUAAGUAUAGCUCCUAGAACACCCACAGCCAGGCACUCUGCUCUUCUUAGCAGAGAACAGGGUGUUCUGAGUAAUGGAAGGAGAAAUUUCUAUCUCCCACCAGCCUUUUUUUUUUUCUUUUUAAUCACUACUACAUAACUCUGCAGAAAAAAACAGACCCACUAGCCAAGGAAAAAAAUCACCACAAGCAGCUAGUGAAGUGCUAAUUGCUGAACCAUAGCAAUCCAUCUGGUGCAGCCCUUUUCUCUUCUCCCUGUCCACGCUCACACCAGCCUUCCUGUUUCUCUCCUUCAGCUCCCUUAUGUAAACAGGUUUCAGUGAUGCUAUUUUCAGGUUUUCAGGUGCUAUUUCCAGCAAGAUUCUUCCAAAUUUUCCAUAGCUACACAGUGUCAGUGUCCCCUCCAUUCCUGUUACUAAAUGUUGCUUCAUUAGUCUCACGGCCUAAACCAGUGAUGAGACAAGAACUUUGUGCACCUCCUUGCUUAGGCUUAAUUUCAUGUACCCGUGUUGCCUUCUGUGUGGUUAGUAAAAUUCUAAAAAUAGGAUUUGUGCAUAUUUCUAUGCAGGCUGUGUCCACACUCCAGGUUUCUUUAGGCCUAUUAGUCCACAAUGAUCAAUAAUAGAGCAUCUUUCCCUGUUGUUUCUGUCCUAAAACACACCAAAAAAUGAGGGCGUCAUGUUUGCAAAAAAAUUAAAUUUAGGGCUAUGUGUACAGAGCAUUUUUAAUGAAAGGAAUCACUAAAUUGCAGCAUUUGAACAUCUUCUACGUGGGGGAGGGUUUCCAGCAUGGUAACUCUUACUUGGUUUUUAUACUCAGUUGCUGUUUUGAAUAAGAAAAUAAUGUGCCUUGCUGCUUUUCACAGGUUCACUCACUGUCUUUGAGUUUUAUUGUACAUAUAAUUCUUUCUGCUGUUAGGUAUUAGACCAACUUUAAUAUGGAAAAUAAAGAGAAAGCAUGCUGGUUUGGUCUUCUAGCCAGCAAACUAGGAGCACUUACCUGACUCACAACUGAAAACACAUCAGUUGUCAAAUACAUACAUGAAUUAGAAACCACACAGUUCAGUUUAAAAGGCCACAUAAAUUAAUUAUGUUCCAUGUAUAAGAUACAUUUGAAUAAUGAGGAAGUUUAUUCUAAGAACUCUGUUUUAUAGAACCACUUGGCUAGUAUUUUUCAUAUACAGUAGGUUCAGGAAUAGAUUGACUUAUAUAUACAAUGUGAAUUAGAAGUUACUAGGCUAUUUGAGUGAUUUUGUUGUUUUAUGCUUGAAGCUUGAAUUGAUUGCAAGCUUAGGAACGUAACAUAUUUAUUUUAUUGCUUCAAAAUGGCUUCUAAAUAUCAAGAUUUCUUUUGAUGUUAACAGGAUUUCACACUCUUUUUUUUUUUAAUAUGUAAAUUAUGUUCUUGAAAUUAGUAUGUUAGAAAAAGCAUUUUUCCAAACUGCGUUAGUGGGGGAAAAUUUAAGAAAUUUAUUUUUGCUUUCACAGUGAGGUGAACUCUUCGAUAACUGACUAUCAAUAAGCUAUACUUUUUCUUCCUUUUGAUUACUAAGCCUUGAGUAUACAGGUUACUUUCAAUGAAGAAAAAAAUCAGAAACUCUAGAUAAAUGGGAUUUUAUAUGUUUAAACUUCCAAGUUUUAUUUUCAUAUCCUUUUUUUUGUGCAAGCACAGUUCAGAUGUACAAAAACAUAACUACAAUUUUAGCAGUCUAACAGGCUGUACGACACAAAUUGAGGUUUUAUUUGUGAGCUGUUUAUUUUAUUUUAUUAUCUCUCUGCGUCUUGCAAAUUAUUAGAUAAUGGCUGUAAUACAAUUCUAGUUUCUGGACUAGACUCUGUAACCAUCAAAUCUCAAUAAUUUAUGUAAAACAGAAAGAAGCUUUCUCAUAGAUUCUAAUUACCUAGGCCAUUAAAAGAAGAAAGAUGUAGACAUAUGAACUGACAAAUAUACUUUUGCCAAGUGUUGUUUCUUCCCUUUAGUUUGAAGCUUAGCAAGUAUUGCAUACUGAUCUGCAAUACAUAUACAAUGUAAGAACCACAAGGACCACUUCAGAGUAGUGUGCACAAAUAAUAGGAAAAAUUACUCAUUAGACUCUUUGAGAUACCAGAUGAAAAUAAUUUCUUUAGCUGUAACACUCAAAAUCUUGAAACUCAUAUAUUUUUCCAUUAAAAAGUAUUCCUGAAAAAUUAUGUGUAUGUUUUUAAUUCAGUGAUAGGCUCCCAAGCAGAACUGAAUCAAGUGGGAACUUGUUCUCAAAAGUGAUUUUUCCAGGCCGAAUAGAUACCAUCAGUUCUUCAUGUACUCAUCAGAAACUAAAAUUAACCAGCACCAUUCUUAGAUGAGCCUUUUGCUUUCUGGGCAGAAAAACCUGAGGUCACUGUUAGUAAAGUUAAUGGAAAAUUUGCUUUGACUUAAAAGUCCUGUGGAAGCUUCUGCAAUAUUCAGUUUUCCAGCCUUCAUUGAAAGACUGUGCAAAACAGCAAAGAUAAAUCAAAACUCCUUAACUACUAUAGGGUUUUUUCCCCUUUGUGUUACAUAUUUUAUCUGUUUUGGGAUAUAUUGAUGGGUUUUAUCUAGCCCAGUGCUAAUGAGACUUUUGCAAUGCUAGAGAAAGUAAAAAGAACUGGUAUCAUAUUUUGAUUGUUGGUGGUUGUGAUAGGGCAGAUUUUUUUUGUCUCCAGAAAGGAUCAGACAUAAUAUACUGCCUUCUUGAAAAAGAAAAAAAUAAGAAAAACAAAAAGCACCCACAAACAGCUGACACUUGGUAAAGAUUUGAAAGGAGAUUUUAAAGAAACUAUUUGGAAAAUAUUGUCAGGAUGAGUGAAAAGGAGCAUAUUUUUGAUGUGAGAGAUAUAAAUGCAAACCAUGUGUAUUAAAUAUGCAUUGAAACUGAUACUUUUUCAGUGACUUUGCAAAGUUGACAGGGUUUUAUAGAAGAAAAGCAUCCAAGUAUGAAUUUAUUCAAACUACCACUUAUAUGUUCAUUUGCACUAAAGCAGCCUGUACUGUUUGAAAGGAGAUGGGAAAACACAUCAUGUUAAACUUGUGAUUCACUUUGGUGUCUACAAGGAUGUGUUGUAAAGCUCUCAAGCUCAGUGUCCAUUUUUGAGCAAGCCAAAUUCUCAUUCACACUAUUCACUUUCUGUGAAUCCAUCCACAUGCCUGGAAAAAACACAUUUUCUAGUGUUUACAUGGAUACUUGCUCACAUUGACAUGCUCAUGUUAAUUCCAGACCGGGGACAGUCUCUGCCGCUAAAUGGAAAAUGAAUUUCACAGACUGACAGAUUCCUUUGUACAAUUACUCCUAAAGGGUUUAAAAUCAAUGUUCAGUGAUAUAGAGCUCUUCAUUUUAUUCCGUGUUUCACACGUACAUCAUGUUCUGCUAAUUCUCAGCCUUUUUUUAAAAAAAAAGUAAAACCCCAUUUCUUUAAUGUUAGGAUCAAUUUUGAGUAGCUAGAUGAAGGAGGAAAAUCGUGAUGUGAUGGAAAGAGAAAAAACGGGCAGAGAGCAGGAGAGUUGGCAAGUGAGUUUGACUACAUGGAAAAGUUAUUGAUAAACAUAGGGGGACAACUGUUUUCCAGUUGUUUUGUUUUCUCCUGUCAUAUAAGAUGAUAAAGCAAGACUCAUGAACAGGAUUUUGGUUCCAGGUGCUUAUGCCAACUCAAGUCGUGAGUUACAGUGCACUUCUUCAGCAUAGCAACAGCUCUAUUUUUUUAAUUUUGCAUAAGCUACAGCUUUUUCUGGGUAGAUAUUAAAAAAAGUCUUAUGAGACAGCUUGACAGCAGAUUAAGCUGUCCACAGAGACAGUGCCUGUAGCUCAGCUGCAGACACUGGAGACUGUACAGCUCUGCUGCAGGAGAGCCACUGACAGUGUCUAUUAGUGUGCAAUGUUCUGCAUUAGAAGUUGACUCCUGCUGCAAAUUGAAAAUCCUUUGGUCAUCCAAAAUGGCAUGGUUUUGCACACUUGGAUUUUGAUAAGGUUAUCCACAGGCAAGUUCUGCUGGAUCAGUCCAGGUGGUUCACCAUCUUACAGGAGCAAGUCUGAGGGCUUAGCAAGUGUGUCUGACAUCCAGUGUAAAUAAUAAUGCAAAAUCAUCUGCCAUGGGAAAAGACUUUUUGUAGGUUGUAGAGUAGGAAUGAGCUUUCUGAGCUGCUCUGCCAACAGGAGAGCUACUGUUAACUAUUAUUAUGCCAGCUCCAAAAAUGCAGAAUAGGAAGCCUGCAUGACACUUUGUUGUGUUCAGUCUAUGUGCAUGGGUGGCAGGGUAAGUGUUGGCACAGAGUGGCUAAUUUUGGUCCUUCCAUUAAACAUGAGUAACUGGGCUUGGCACAGAGACAAGCUUCACUAUUCCAGGCAUGGGGAACCUGUAAUUCUCCACAGUCAUUCUCUGGCUCUUGGUAAAUACAUAUACUGGUAGACCACUCAGCCAUUCAAGUAGUUCUUUCCUUAUCCCAGGUCAUCCUUCUGUGACACUGUGAAGGAAGCCUUGAGGAGUCUAUUCCUCAGCAGUUUUCCAGCUUUCCUGCUUCUUCUCACUGCAGCAGCAAUUACUUACCAUUUGUAUCUGACUCUGCUGGUGCUUCCACUACUACUGAAGUAGCUGUCAGCUAAAUUACUGCCUUGUGACUCCAAGCUUCCAGUCUUGGCCAGCCAGUGAUUUGUACUCUAGUUUUAGCUUGCUUCUCAUUAGAAACAGGGAAGUAGUACAGUAGAAUAUGGCAAAAUGUGUGCCACUUUCACACUUUUUGGUUGAAGCAAAGCAAUGAGCUAGAAUAGAUUAGAUUGAACAUAAUGUUCAGUUGAUCAGCAAAAACAAUUUUGGAUUCAGAAGAUCAUUUACUAAGUACUGAAAAUGCCUGAACACUUGUCUGUGAUGCACAUUUUUACAAGAACACACAAUGAUGCCCCUGUUAUACAGAAGCUUUUGAUGGAUACAAGACUAGAAAUGCCAGCCUCCAACUGCUUACCCUGCUUCCCCUCACCUUCCCCAAGAUCACUGUUCCCAGGAAGAGGAUUCCUCCCAGCACUGGGUGGAGCAACUGUGAAACAGUCCCCAGCUCUCAAGAUAGGUUGUGUUCAUGUAGGCAAUCAAGCUCAUUCCUUCCCUUUGGCUAUGGCAGUGUAAAGUACAGAGCCCUGCCACAAGUACUAGGCACGAACAGAUCUUAAACACCAAAAUAUUCUCCUGAGGAAAAGUCUUCCCUGGAUCUAGAGGGGACAAUAUGUUUACUGUUUCUAUGACAGUUGACUUCUACUUGUUGCAUUUUAAACAGCAGUGAUAUAAGAACUCCCCUAAGAAAACUCUCCCACUACACAAAAGGGACAAUACUGAAUUAAGGAUAUUCUGUGGGAAAAGACAAAAUGUUGUAUUCCAGGUAGAAUAUAUGUAUGUCAAACAAUCAUCCUUCAUCUGUGAUAGAGAAUAAUCCACCAAACUGGGUUUAAAAUGUAGCCUGAGUCUGCAGCCUGCUAGUUAAAUAAUUGUUUUCCUAGCAAGUCCCAAACCCACCAUGAUUUCUUGCAGGGACUUUAUCUUGGAGUCCCUUUUAAGAAAGGUGGCUGUAACCAUGGGUUGCACCUACAACAAAAUGUACUUCAGAAACUGGAUGCUCGCAAGACAUUUGUGGAUGCGAGGCUGUAGAAGGUGGUUUAUGUAAGCUCAGGGGGGAUGUACUUGUGUGAAAGUAUUGGUUGCCAUGCACAUUUUGAACUGAAGUUACCUAUCAGAACAUAAUUGAAGGAGUGCAGCAUCACAAGAUUAGAGGCUUCUGCUCUUUAGAUCUCUAGCAACCCUGUGGUGCUCCAGCUCUGUUUUGUUUUGAUUUGAUUUAUUUCACCUCCCCACUGCCAUUCUCCUUUCUGUUGUGUGUAGUAAGUUGUAAAGAAAAGCAUUACCUUAUAGUUUACCAUCUCAAAAAGAGAGAAGGCCAGCAAUCAGAAAAUCUUUAUCACUCUGUGGUGGUCAGUAUUAAGGGAAUCAUAAUGCUGAGUUGGAAGGGACCUUUCGUGGUCAUUGAGUCCAACUCCAAGAAUCACACCAUGUGCCUAAGAGUGUUGUCCAAACUCCUCUUGAACUCUGUCUGACCCAGGCUUGGUGCUGUGACCACUUCCCUGGGAAGUCUGUUCCAGUGAAAAAACCUUUUUCUGAUAUCUAAUUUAAAGCCCCCCCGGCUCAGCUUUGAGUCCUGUCACUGGUCAUGAGAGUGAAGUUGUCUCUCUUUAGUUCCAACAAAAAGAAUUCAACAUCCGUGGCAUCUACCUUUCCAUUAAGCACUGUUAAAAACCUGACAUUCUCCACAGUGUCCACAAUCUCUUUGCCAGGAGUUUGAACUCCCUUCCUUACAGCCCAUUUGGAGUCACAGCAAUGAGAGCAAACAAAGUUUACAUUAUGAUGGUGCUUUUCAGUAAAAAGUGAGAGCCAGUUCCAGUUGACACAUGGACUGAAAGAGUCUCAAGGACUCUUAGCCAGGCACCAUUCGUAGGCAAGGCAGUCCCUUCUGCUAGGGAAAGAAACACAUUUUAAAACACUGAAGAUAAGGAAAAUAUAAAGGUGCCAUUUAUUUUUCCAAUAGAAUCUGUUUUCUGCACAAUGCUGUAUCGUUUUGGCACUGAAGCCAAGACCACAGAUGAACAUUGAUUCAUUCCUUGCAGUCUUUAAUUUCCUUGUAAAUUCUUUACAAGCGUUCAGAUUAAUGUAUUUGUGGUCCAUUUCAUUCCAAUUCAUUUAAGUGGUCUAUAUCUGCCCUUGAAUCUCAUAUGAAUUUUAUUGUUAAUACAAUAUUUUGCUGCAUUACUUUGAACGGCUUUAAAAGUAUAAUGUCUUUGAAUGCUCUAGUUAAAGAAAAAUUAUACCUUCAAAAUGCUGUGUUACAAGUUGGAACUGUAUACUUUGGAAGUGAUGUUUAUAUUAUAAUGCCCAAAGGCAUCACAGGGUGCUUUCGUCUGUAUGUCUUCUACUUUCUGUGUUACAGUGUGUAUUUGUACUUCCUCACUAACUUGAUACUCUUCAGUCUGAAGGCCUAAAUCUGCAAAGACACGAAUACUGUACCUCAGCUGAGCAGUCUCACAGAGCAGAGAGGGCUUACUCGUGGGAGUAUAGUUGCUCACAAAAAGUAUUUGCAGAAAAAGGCUUUCCUUUAGGAACUGACUGUAAUUGUGAGGACACAUGGUUAAUAACAGCACCAAGACACCAGUAAAUGGGGUCUGUGUUUAUUGAAAAUGUGGACACAUUUAUCUUCAAGUUAUUUGACAUUAUUCUAAAUUAUUGCUAUUAUGAUUUAGUAUAUUAUUUAGUAUAUUUGUAUGAAAACACAUUAGUCCUGUGAAAGGGUAGUUGCAAAAAAAUGUGUUGAGUCUUGCUGCUUUAUUGUUUAUUUGCAUUUAGUAUACGUUUUGGUUGUUGAAGUGAAGCUAGCUUCUUAGAGAGGCAGGAAGAUAGAUCAGUCUGAAAAAAUCAUAAAUAAGCAUCAUACUGUGCAUUGAGUUUUGCAGUUAGAGUAGUAUAUGUGUUCAGAUUUAGCAAUUUUUAUGCUUUAGAGAAUUUUUGUUUGUUUUAAUAUGUAAAGGAAUAACCAGAUUACUUUGAAAUAUUGUAGAGCUAAUUUUACACAUAGUGGGGAGAUGUUGUCUGAAAAAUUAAAAUUAGAAAACAUUACAUUGGCUGCCUUUGGCUUUAGUUUGUUUGUAGAAUGCCCAGCAAGUAUCUGUUGAUUUCAGACGCUUAAGCCAGGGAUCAAGUUUGUGCAGCAUCUUGUAGCUGAAGAAAGUUUUCUGCAGUGAUAAAGUUGCGCAUCUGAGCUUGAAGUAAGAUUGCUGCCUAAACAAAAGCAUAGAGGCAGAAAAUAUAGGUGCUGGAUUGUUUGGGGCGGGGGGGGUUGUGCAUGGAAAAUUGCAUGAAUUAGGGUUGGAGAUUCAAAGUAUUUAAAAUCAUUUAGCAUGAUUUACUCUUGUUGUAAUUCCACUGACUACAGUUAAAUUAAACCAAGAAUUUGGCCUUGUAAGUCUACAAAUUUCAGUGUCAGGCAGCUCAGGUCUAUAUAAAGAUACUUAAGCUUAGUAAAUCAGCAAGAAUACUAUAUAAAUUGUAAUGUGUGAUAAAAAUCCUAACUAUAGUUACAUUCUUUCUCUAAAAAUUUCUAUUCAUUGCUUUUUUAUACAAAAGGUCAGAACUGCACUUCUUAGUGGCAUUGGGAUAUGUGGAGAAAAGGAGGAUGCUGGUACAGAAAUGUAUCAGAAAUAAGAUUCAGUUCUUAAUGCUCCAUGUGUGCCUACCUUGCAUGUGACAAAUCCCACUGAAGUUAACAGAAGUCAUAUCAAGUUAAGCCUGCUUGUAACUCUCACGAGAUACUGGUUUAAGAAUCUUCAAGAUAAGUUGUGUUCUCAAAAGGCAUUAUUAAACUUGUGGUUUCAGGUUUACAGAAUACUAUGAACAGUGAAGACAGCUUCUGAGACACAUCCAGAGUAAUUUUAUUAAUUGAUAUUACACCAGACCAACAUCCAUUAGCAAAUCAAAAUCUCUGUCAGUACCUUCAUUUCUCAGUGUAAUUUUAUUUAAAAAAAAAAAAAAAAACACAAAACAAAAGAAAUUCAGAAAAUGAAAAUGGCCUCUAUGCUGUUUGGAUUAUUUCUUUUCUCUCUUUUCCACCUUUUUUGUCAUAAAAUAUUUUGCUCUGGAGUUGUCUAGGAUUUGAUAAUUCAAGGAAAGCAUGCAAAGCAGUUUGGAAUACGUUUCUUCAUUCACCUUAGGGCAUAUGUUCAGCUGGUGAAAAUCAGCAUAGUCCUGUUGACUUCUACGGCAUUGUAUCAGUCUAUACCAGUGCAACAGUUGGCAUGUCAGGUUUUAGCAUUUCAAGUCACUUUACCUACAUAUGCAGUAGGAUUCUGUUUUGCAAGAUGGAAAGUUAUACAGUGCAAACUGUACUACCUAGACUACCAUUGAUAUCUAUUCACAGGACAUGAUUUCACUGUAUCAUUUCAUACUUGAAAUUCAUGAUGUUCUUUUAAUCAGGGUACAAACAUGAAAAGGUGCGUGUGUUACUGUUUCAUUUAAAGGUGCAUAAUUUUUUUUUUAUUCUGUGUGCUUAAUAGUUACUAGUCAGUGUUCUUUACAUUCUUGGCAUUCAGCAUUUAAAUCACCUAUGUGUGAAAUACAGUAUCACCUGCAGAGGUACAGAAAAAUGUAACAGCGAUUUCUUGAAUUGUUACUGAAAUAUACUGGUUUACCUUUUAGUCAUCAAUAUGACAUCAAGGGGCUACAGCAUGUGAACUGUGGUAUAUAGAAGUCUUGCACCAUUGCUGUACAGGAAAUCUUGCAGACUCUCUCCUCUUCUUGCACAGCUGCUGAUUACCAUAUACGCAUUGGGGAAAAGUAUAUUUCUGCUGUACAGAAUGGCUGGGAAGUAACACAGACACUUUGGAAACUCUAGAGCUCCCUUUGCAAGCUUUCAAACAAAGCCCUUUGAUCUAACUGCAUGCCUGUUCUGUGUCCCAAAUUUCACCCUAUGGGGCUUUCUGCUUUAAGAACACCCUCAGCUGGGGCUACUUUAUGUUGACUGCAUUGAAGUUCAUCGGAGCAUGCACCUUACCGUAUUAACAUAUUCUUUAGCUUUUACAAGUUUGUAAAGAUAGUUGACUGCAAAACUAAUGUGUCAAUACAGCAGAAUUAAAUUAAGGCACACAGAACGUUAUCAAUAAUGUAUUAUAUCAGAAUUACAGUCCUUUGGAACUGAACGUUUUGCUGCUGGCAGUGCAAGAAAAGCAAAGUUGUGUAUUUAUUGUUGGGUGCUGAGGGUUCAGUAUGAAAAUCAAUAUAAUAAAAAUUUUCACAGUGUC